GCCGGCUGAGCUGAGUCUCGCUGCUUGGUGCGCGGCGGCGGAGAGCGAGGCCUGGUGAGCGGCGCUGAGGCGCGGGCCGCCUCUUCGGGGUUGUGCGCAGGAGACGUACGGCGGCGGGCGAUCGAGCAAGUGAUCUGCUCACUUCAGCCGUGGCACCGGCAUCGGUUGCCUUAAGCCUGAAAUCAUGACCACCCCAGGAAAAGAGAACUUUCGCCUAAAAAGUUACAAGAACAAAUCUCUGAAUCCUGAUGAGAUGCGCAGGAGGAGGGAGGAAGAAGGACUGCAGUUACGCAAGCAGAAAAGAGAAGAGCAGUUAUUUAAACGGAGAAAUGUUGCUACAGCAGAAGAAGAAACAGAAGAAGAAGUUAUGUCAGAUGGAGGCUUUCAUGAGGCCCAGAUUAAUAACAUGGAGAUGGCACCAGGUGGUGUCAUCACUUCUGACAUGAUUGAAAUGAUAUUUUCUAAUAGCCCUGAGCAACAGCUUUCAGCAACACAGAAAUUCAGGAAAUUGCUUUCAAAAGAACCUAACCCUCCUAUUGAUGAAGUUAUCAGCACACCAGGAGUAGUGGCGAGGUUUGUGGAAUUCCUCAAGCGAAAGGAGAAUUGUACACUGCAGUUUGAAUCAGCUUGGGUACUGACAAAUAUUGCUUCAGGAAAUUCUCUUCAGACCCGGAUUGUGAUUCAGGCAGGAGCUGUGCCCAUCUUCAUAGAAUUGCUCAGCUCAGAAUUUGAAGAUGUCCAGGAACAGGCAGUCUGGGCUCUUGGCAACAUUGCUGGAGAUAGUACCAUGUGCAGGGACUAUGUCUUAGACUGCAAUAUCCUUCCUCCUCUUUUGCAGUUAUUUUCAAAGCAAAACCGCCUGACCAUGACCCGGAAUGCAGUAUGGGCUUUGUCUAAUCUCUGUAGAGGGAAGAGUCCACCUCCAGAAUUUGCAAAGGUUUCCCCCUGUCUGAAUGUCCUUUCCUGGUUGCUGUUUGUCAGUGACACUGAUGUACUGGCUGAUGCCUGCUGGGCCCUCUCAUAUCUAUCAGAUGGACCCAAUGAUAAAAUUCAAGCAGUCAUUGACGCAGGAGUAUGUAGAAGACUUGUGGAGCUGCUGAUGCAUAAUGAUUAUAAAGUGGUUUCUCCUGCUUUGCGGGCUGUGGGAAACAUUGUCACAGGGGAUGAUAUUCAGACACAGGUAAUUUUGAAUUGCUCAGCUCUGCAGAGUUUAUUGCAUUUGCUGAGUAGCCCAAAGGAAUCUAUCAAAAAGGAAGCAUGUUGGACAAUAUCUAAUAUUACAGCUGGAAAUAGGGCACAGAUUCAGACUGUGAUAGAUGCCAAUAUUUUUCCAGCCCUCAUUAGUAUAUUACAAACUGCUGAGUUUCGGACAAGGAAAGAAGCCGCCUGGGCCAUCACAAAUGCAACUUCUGGAGGAUCAGCUGAACAAAUCAAGUACCUAGUAGAACUGGGUUGUAUCAAGCCACUCUGUGAUCUCCUCACGGUCAUGGACUCUAAGAUUGUACAGGUUGCCCUAAAUGGUUUGGAAAAUAUCUUGAGGCUUGGAGAACAAGAAGCCAAAAGGAACGGCAAUGGCAUUAACCCUUACUGUGCUUUGAUUGAAGAAGCUUAUGGCCUGGAUAAAAUUGAGUUCUUACAGAGUCACGAAAACCAGGAAAUCUACCAGAAGGCCUUUGACCUUAUUGAGCAUUACUUCGGGACCGAAGAUGAAGACAGCAGCAUUGCACCCCAGGUUGAUCUUAGCCAGCAGCAGUACAUCUUCCAGCAGUGUGAGGCUCCUAUGGAAGGUUUCCAGCUUUGAAGCAAUACUCUGCUUUCACGUUCCUCUGUCAGACCAGGCUAUCCAGUCGAGUCCUCUUGUGGAGCCCACAGUCCUCAUGGAGCUAACUUCUCAAAUGUUUUCCAUAAUACUGUUUGCGCUCAUUUGCUUGCCUUGCGCACCUGCUCUCUUACACACAUCUGGAAAACCUCUGGCUCUCUGUGGUGGAAUACCCUUCUAAUAAAAGGGUAACCAGAACGGCCAAAUCUCUUAUGGAAAAAUCCUUAGGCUUUGGAGAUCCGCACCUAUAUUAGAGUCAUGGGAAUAUACAUAUAUUAAUGUGGCUCCCUUUUUUAUGGGGGAUAAAAGAGGACGACUCCUCAUUCCCUUUAACGUGGGAAAAAAAUACUGACAUUAAAAGAUGAGACUAAACCUUUAUCUUGAAUUUCACACAACUACUUGCGACAAGGGAGAUAUUUAGACCUGUUGUGUAUACUUCAGAGUACUUUUCAUGAGUUCUUCCACAGUGAACCCUUGGAUUAUCCGAUGGCUUUUUCUAGCCAAAUUUGCAUUAAUACUUACUGAGAUUGGAUGGUUUUCUUUCCUCUAUUGGCGCCAUUCUUCAGAUAUUAAAGUUAAACCAUCCACUCCCUCACCUUCAGCCUUCAGUGAAUGUGCUUUCUAGUUGUCAGGAAUGCUGAAGAAUUAACACUUUGACUCUUAAAUGUGAUACUGGUUUGCAGAUUCCCUUAGAGCAGAAAGGAGAGGGGCACAUAUUAAUUUGUAUGGUUUUUGCAUCUCUUGGUCUAUGUGUCUUAGGAUUUGGAAGUGGUUCAAUCCUAAUGCUGGUAUGAUUUAAAAUCCUCAGUAAUCAAAAACCAUAUCCUCUAAUUCAAUAAUAAAACUAAGAAAAGCAAACAAACACACAAAAAAGCCACUGUCCAGUUUUCCCAAACUCAACCAGUGUAACUAGAUGCUGUAUUUCUGCAUUAAAACAAAUGUUUCAGGCUUUGUGGUCCUGAUGUUCAAGGUCCUCAUUAAAUUGGAGUUCACCCUAGGUGCUUUUCCCCUCUGUGACUGGCAGAUAACACAUACUUUUAAAAGUUACUUAGGGAUUUUUUUCUUAAGUCAGGUGCAGCUAGAUUCUAAUAUAUUCAUGCUGCACAUAUGAUUCCUUUAAUGUAGCAUCCUUACUGUUAAAAAAUUACCAUCUUUGCAACAUGACCUGUUUAACUCAAAUAAGGGCAGUGAUCUUUUUCUUAUAACCUCAUUGUUCCCUAAUCAUUUUAUUUCAUCUCCUGUUAGUACUGUGCGCCCCCCAUUCCCCACCCCAAUAAAAACAAUAUCCACCUUCUGGCUCAUUUAAUGAUGACUGCACUCUAUACCUGCAAAUGGCGCUUCCAGUACUGCAUUCAGUGAUCCACAUUUGUACUUGGACUGGAAUGAAAAACUAUGCUUAAUUGCCAAGAGAACUGCAAGUGAGUUCAAUACAACUUCUCGGUGCUAGUUGGCCAUCUUGACUCAAUGUUGGGAUACACUAUCAGAGAAGAUUUUUUUGUUGAUGUGCUGUUCAAAAUGAAUUCUGAAGGAAAAGUUGCUCACUUCUGUUUCAGAGCAUACCCUUUUAAACUUCUUUAGACUUGUCCUCUUCUAGAAUUCAUUAUAACCCCAAAGUGUAAAAACUAUUUGGAAGUUGCCCCUGACAAGCUAUUAUACAUCUCUGGUAAAUCCUGCUGAAUGUAAGGGAUAUUCAGAGCUUUCAUACCUCAUCAUGAUGUUAUUUAAGCAGUCAACUUAUGUGACCUGAUUUAAACUUUUAAAAAAUCCACUUCAUUCAAACUAGAAAGAGUCAAAGACAAAGGACAUUUAUCAGCCAAGAGUGUGACGCAUUCUUCACAUCUAGUCUGUAGUUGUGUCUGUGCUCUGGGAUGGAUACCGUCUGAUGUCUGUUUUGUUAUUGAUGGAGCAGCCACUGCAAAACUAGUCAACUCCCAUCUAUAACUGUUACUUUUUCUAGUGCUGCUUUGUGCUGAGAGAACAUUGUAGUUUACUGCACUCGACCUGUAAAAGACUUUGAUUCUUUGUAAUUUUAGGGAUAAAUUAGGUGGUUAAUUUAAAGAAGAAUUUUCAAUGUUGCCUUUACAUCACAUUAAAAUAUAACUUCUUUCAGAAGGGUAAUAGAAGCACUGAUUCAUAGUAAAAAUCUUGUUUUUAGCUUUGACUUCUUUUGUGGCUGAGUUUUUUAAAAUUGUAAAUUACUGGUAACAUGUCAUUUCUAUAGGAUGUUUUAAAUUAUGUACCUUCUAUUGGAUGGUUUAAAAUUUUUCAUUUUAUAAACCAGUUUGAAUGGAAAAAACAUAAAGCACACAAAGUUGUCUCCUCACGUUAGUAAGAGUAGUGUACAUUGGGAAUUUUUGCUGCCAGUUGCAGGUGUUUCAAUGAAUGAAUUAAAGUUCAUUUAACUGA